AAAAUGGCAGGGCAGGAAGUGCAGCUAACUCGACCCCGGACUCUCCGGGAAACUGAUAUCAUUAAACUUAGGGCUCUUCACCACCGAGCGUCCCGUCAAUGAGAUGAUGAUGUACCACAACCGCUACAAACUGGGCUGACCCAAGUGGGCACUGUGAGUCUAGCGACAACAUAUGGCUCUUUGGCUUGCUCGCUUUCAUUCAAGGGAUCGCCUGCUCCAAAGGAGACCGGCCUUAACCGGCAUCCUAGGCCACGCCAGGGCCACAAAGAGGCGCAUAGCCCCGCUUACUACCCAGCGAUCGAUUUCCAAUAUCCAUAGUUACUUGCCGAAGACGGUGUCUGACUAUUUACAACGGAGGCUUAGGAUGCGCGGUCCAAGUGCCAGCACCCAAUGCCGAACAUCAGGACCAGUGCAGCUGCCAAAGAGACAACGAACGCCUCCUCUCCCUUUCAUCAUCUUGCAAUCGCAUAAUAGAAGGGCCAUUGUAGCCAAGGAACAUCCAAGCAAAAGCCGCUGUCUUGAGGCCGUCGACAUGUUGCAGUAUUCAUCCAUCGUUCACAAGUUUCCCAAUAUAGUGGUCUCCUCUCAAGAUACAUACAAGCAUCUGUGCAAUGCUUUUCUGGCAAAUUGAUCCGCCCUCCUGCAGCAGAGGCUGAUGGUCGACGGCCU